GUUUGUGACUCAGUUGAAAUGUAUAAACCACCACAGAUAUUAUCUGGAACUGUCGUUAGUGUUCUGUAGCAAACAAAUGUGUGUGUAGUGAAAAAUAUUGUGUUCAAAUUGUGAGCAGGUUAGUCAAGGACAAAAUACUUAAAUGGAUGCUUUACUUUUUGACCCAAGUACAAAAGUGCUCUCUUUAACCAAGAGUGUAAUCCCAAGCGAUGUUGACAGAGAUGAAGUUCUUGUUAAAAUUGUCUACGCGGGAAUUUGCGGCUCCGAUCUUCAUAUUCUUGACGGUUCGUUUCCAUGUAUGCAAAAACCUUUCACCCUUGGCCAUGAGUUCUGCGGAGUGGUUUGCUUAAAGGGGAAUGAUGUAACACACGUUCACACUGGAGACAGGGUGGUUAUAGAUCCCAAUAGAGGAUGCAGUGUUUGUGAGUUCUGCAGGAGAGGGCAAUACAACCUGUGUGUCUCUGGAGGUAUAGACUCUCUCAUUGGUAUCUUCACUGAUGGGGGAUGGGCCCAGUAUUGUAAGGUCCCGGCUAGACAAGCUCACAAGAUUCCAGACAACCUACCAUUCCAUUUAGCCAUCCUGUGUGAGCCGCUAUCCUGCGUAGUCCAUGGUCUAGAUCGCAUCGCUCCUGUGUCCGUCGCUUCAAGGAUACUGAUAUUGGGAGCUGGUAUUAUAGGUAACCUGUGGACGGCCGCCUUCCAUCACCUCGGCUACCGAGAUGUCAUCGUCUGUGAACCUGUGGCUGACAGGAGGGCUCUAAACUCAAAACUCAACACAGGUUACCCGUGCUACAGUCCAGACCAAAUCCUCUCUCUCAAGUCGUCCGAGCCACACUGGGGCGUAGAUGUGUGUGUAGAUUGUAGUGGCAGUGGACGAGCCAUGCAAGACGCCUUACCUCUGCUCCGCCCCGGUGGCAAACUUUGUAUCUUCGGGGUCGCUUCUCCUGAUACUACGAUCACGAUCCAUCCUUUUGAAAUGUUCAGGAAGGAAACAACCAUUUACGGAGUCGUUACUAACUUAUUCAGUUUUGGAAACGCUCUAAAAUUGAUCGAAGCUAUGGGCUCAAGGUAUUUGGACUUUGACACCCUUGGAAUAAAAAUAUACUCUUUGGUGGAAUACAAAGAAGCUAUUCAAACACUCAAGAAGGGAACUAUAUCAAAGGCAUUGUUUCAACUGCCUUCUUGAUUACAUGGAUGCAGAUUUAUUAAAUCUUAGAUAGAAAUGAUUUCUUAAAACAUUGCAACAUUGUAUUGUAACAAGAAUAAGCACACUGGUCUCAAAGAA